CGGGUCCUUUCCAGAACCCGAGAGCCUCACUGCGGCUCCGCCUCGGACUUUUCCUCGCAGCUGCCAGGGCUGUGGUUGCACAAACGCUGACUUCCUGGCAGUUAUUGGCGGUGUGGCCCAGGCUCACGUGUGUCGGGCUUGCGGCGGUGAUGACCGGAAUCUGGUCGACAAUAAAGGCCGCGGCGCCCGCGCUCGCGCAGCAGCAGCAGCAGGAGCACGAUGCAACCCGCAGCAGCACCCGGCCUUCUUCGCCGCCGAGGAUCCCCAACACGCCGCCGUCAUCGAGGUCUCUGCCGAGGUCCCCCGGCUCUCUUGAUGCCCAAGCAGGCACCCGGAGCCAAGCCUCGACGACGUCACAAUCCCAUUCCCGGAGCCCUGGCGCAAAAAGCCCCGCCAGACCGUCGCGCAACAGCACCAGCACCGCGCCGAAAGAGAAGAGCCGAGCGACGGAUGUGGAAGGGGACCCAGGAAAGGCCGCCAAUGCCAAUGAAGUUGCAGAUGCUAGCAACGGCGACGGCAGCGACGCUCGCAUAGCUCGUCCUGCCCUGGCCCACACGCCUGGCUCGAACUCUGCCAUCGACCCGCUGUCGCAGCAAAUCCUUCUGCGGAAGAGCACCGAACCAUCGAUCCCCCAUCGUCUGACCCAGAUGGCCGAAGGACUGGCCCGCGCGAGUUCGGAGCUCUCCAGAAAUGUUGUACCAAUAAGCGACGUGACCAAGGACAAGAGCAAGAAGGGGGGCUCUUUUCUGAGCAGGCUAAGCAUUCGCGGCGGCCGGAAGAAAGAGCUAGGCGAUGUGGACUCGGACUCAGAGCUGGGAAGCGAGGCGCGCAUGGACGGCAUUAACGCCCGCGUGUUUAGCCAGGCUCUCAACAGCCCAAUAGUCGGCGGCGGUUACGUGCCACACCACAAAGAACCGCCAAGGUACAUCCGGACCCGAGCGAGCAACAAGAGGACCCGGGAGUUCAAUCGCAUGUUUCUCGCCCAGGAGUUGGUUGGGACACGGCCGCCAGAAGCCGACGGAGACGCCACCCCCGACGCCAGCAAGGCGCCGGUUGUGUCUAUCAGCGUUGCCGGCGCGGGUGACAGGAAAGCGACAAGAACCGGGGGCGCGAUCUGGGCAACGGAAUUCAGCAAAGACGGAAGGUAUCUUGCCACGGCUGGCCGUGACCAUGUCGUCAGAGUGUGGGCUGUGCUUUCAACGCCGGAAGAGCGCCGCGCUCACGAGGAGGAGGAGGCUGCCGAUGGCGGUCCUGGAGAGAGGCUUAGCGCGCCUGUGUUCAGGGACCAGCCGGUGAAAGAAUUCCGCGGCCACACUGGGGAGGUCCUCGACCUCAGCUGGAGCAAAAACAACUUCCUGCUCUCGUCGUCCAUGGACAAGACGGUCCGGCUCUGGCACAUGAGCAGGUCGGAAUGCCUCUGCACGUUCAAGCACAAAGACUUCGUGACGAGGCUGGCUUUCCACCCGCGAGAUGACCGUUUCUUUCUAGCCGGCUCCUUGGACACCAUGCUUCGGGUCUGGAGCAUUCCCGACAAGGCUGUCGCAUUUUCGGCUCAGCUACCAGAUCUCGUCACGGCUGUCGCCUUCUCACCUGAUGGGAAGGUGGCCAUCGCAGGCCUGCUGAACGGGCUCUGCAUGUUUUACGAAACGGAGGGUUUGAAGCUGAGCUCCCAGAUCCACGUGCGGUCAUCCAGGGGGAAGAAUGCCAAGGGCAGCAAGAUUACUGGAAUACAAACGAUGGUUAUCCCGCCCCCGAGCCCGAUAGAGCAAGGGCCCAGCUCUGCCUCCGUGUCUCUCGCCUCGGCUGAUGCUGUAAACUCCGGGGAGGUGCGUGUGCUCAUCACGUCAAACGACAGCCGGAUACGGAUCUACAGCUUGCGGGACAAAACACUCGAGGUCAAGCUGAAGGGGCACGAGAACCUAUGCAGCCAGAUUGCGGCAACGUUCUCAGAUGACGGGAAGUACGUCAUCUGUGGCAGUGAGGAUCGGAAGACGUUCGUCUGGAGCUUGACUGGCAGUGAUGCCCUCGUCCAGGACAAGGACAAGUCCGCCUGCGAGUAUUUCGAAGCUCACGGCGACAUCGUCACCACUGCCCUGUUUGCGCCGACCAAGACGAGGAUGCUACUUGGUCAGAGCGGCGACCCGAUCUACGAUCUUUGCAACCCGCCGCCAGUGGUGCUUCAAAGCCUAGAGGAGGCCGCCAGUGCCGCAGCGAGCCAGGUUGCUCUCACCCAUGACUCGCAGACCACGGCGCCGGCCGAGUCGGUGUGCAAGAAGCCCGAGCCGAGCCCGGCGUACAUUGCGAGAUCAACACACUACGAUGGCAACAUCAUUGUCACAACCGGCGACACGGGCAUCAUCAAGGUUUUUAGGCAAGACUGCGCUUUUUCCAAGCGCCGAGUUGCCGAGAGCUGGGAAACGGGCAGCACCUUCAGCCGGAAGCUCGCAGCUCACGGGAGCGGCUACGUCGGCGGCGGGCUCGGUCGCAGCGUCAGCGUGCUGACUCGGACCAGCGCCGGCAGCACCGUCCACAGUAGGCGGGGUUCCUUGAGCCAGCCGACUGCCCCUGGCUCGAUGGGCUCACCCCAGCUAGGCGGCGCCAUCGCGGCGCACUCGGAGAGGAUCCUGAGCUGGCGGCAGGGCAUCGAGGACGGGGGCGGCGACCGGCGGUCGGGCGUUAUGGCGAACGGCGGCGGGACGCCGGCCCGGAGCGAGCGCUCUCUCAGCCCAACCAAGGCCAGCGCAGCGUCGCUGAACUCUGCCUACAACGUGGCAGGCGAGGCGAGGAAGCAUCCGCAUGCCGGCGCGUCACCGGCCCGACACAGGGCCAGCAGCCCCUUGAGCAGCCCAACCGCACGCGUGUUCAAUGGCUCUCCGGAAAGAACUCCGAUACGGGUAGUAAAUGAGAAGAACCGAGCCAGGGACAGGCGGGAUUCGAGGCCGGAGCAACCGACUAUGCCGCCGACGCCGGGUUUUACGCUCCGUCUGGCGAACGAAGAGGGAAGACCGCCGCCGCCGGCAGAUUCUGCGGGGCAAGGGUCGUCGUCGUCGUCGUCGUUCUGGAACCUGGGCCGGUGGCGGGGGAUUCCGGGGUUCAGGGCCAGCUCGUCUGGGCAGGGGGGGCCCACCACCACCACCACCACCACCACCACCACGACGAACACCCGCGCCCGGAGCGGCGGGAGUCGGCCGUCGCUGUCCAAGUCGCGUCAUCCGACGGACAGUUCGUAUGAUAAUGAGAGAGAAGAAGCCGACGGCGGGGCGACGGAGGAGGCGGAAAGGACCGCGAGACGGCGCAGCCUCGCCGUGCCGUCGUCCGUUGUUACGGCUGCCGGCGGUGAUAUGAAAGCUGGCAGGCGCAAGUCGCUGCCGGCUUCGGCUGUGUUGCAGGGUGGAGGUGACGCGGACGCCGGUUCGGUCCAGGCCAAUAGUGGUGCCGAGAACGAGGCAGGCGUGGUCCCUGAUCCGGCGGCGGACCGGAGGGAGCGUUUACCGUCUUGACGUUUACCGUCUUAGCAACAGGAGAACGCCGGUAUUCCUGUGGCAGUCAGCUGGACGAUGAGUCGGGCUGUGCCCGGGCGUUCAUGGGGCAGCGGACUCGCAGCAUGAGCUGUUCCUCGUCGCGAGGGGGGCUUUUGUUGACUAAUGCAUCUGGGAUGGCGUUCUUAUUCCCAUGGCAUCUCAUGUCAGGCGCGGGUUAGAUUGGCUUGGAUCUUGGAGCUCGG